AUGGUUCGCAAGUAUCGGCGACAAACGUCUAGGCAAGAUUGGUCAUUGGAGGCAAUGGAAGGCGCUGUAAAUGCUGUUAUAGAAGGUCAUAUGGGUUCUUUCAGGGCUGCUCGACAGUUCAACGUGCCACAGACAACGAUUGAACGACAUGUGGUAAAGAAACGUGCUAAUCCUGGCUAUACAGUUGUGAAAAGGUUAAGACCAAUCGAUAGUGUGUUUACCCCAGAACAAGAGCUAGCUGAACGAAGCAACAUCAAACAUCCAUUUAAUACUGCAGCCAAAUCUGUUGGAAGAGAUUUGUUAAAUGGGCUUCUUGCACGAAAUCCUACCUUACCAAUACGAAAACCAGAGGCCACAUCAAUCGCACGAGCAGUGGGGUUUAAUCGAGUUGCUGUAGAUCGGUUUUUCGAUCUGUUAGAAAGUCAAUUAGACACAUUCAAGUUUACAGGAGACAGAAUUUUCAAUUGCGGUGAGACUGGUUUAACAGUCAUUCCAAAAGGUCACACAAAGGUGGUUGCUUUGAAAGGGAGACAGGUGGGAGCAGUUACUUCAGCAGACUUCUGUGACUGCAGAAAUCUGUGUUUCAGCGUCGGGGUGCUACGUACCACCUAUGUUAAUUUAUCCUCGGAAACGAAUGCAACAAGCGGUGGUGCCUGGGCAGAAGUCCAAGAAACUGGUUGGAUGACGAAAGAGCUAUUUUUGACUUGGUUUAAGAAGUUUAUUGCGUUUACUGGAGCGUUAAAGGAAAGACCAAUACUUCUCAUAUUGGACGGCCACAAAAGGCACACCAAGAAUUUAGAACUGAUAGAUGUGGCCCGCGAAAAUGGGGUUGUCUUACUGUGUUUGCCUCCACACUGCUCACACCGUCUUCAACCAUUGGACGUGGCAUUUAUGAAACCUCUCAGUAAAUUCGACAAAGAUGAAGUAAGAAUGUGGCUUCGCACCCAUCCUGGAAAAGUUGCUACGCUGCAUCAGAUCGCAAGUUUAUUCGGCAAAGCCUUCAUUCAUUCGCUACAAUGUCCACAGCAGUGA